GACGCAGAACCACUUUUGCUUUUUUCUGCCGCCAAUCUGAUUGUGUAGAGCACAGAACCUAAAGCUCUGACCGUAGUUUCUUUCACGCAUAAACCCUUGCACACGCCGUACGUCAGCCCCUCGUGCCCCGCCUCUGCCUUCACCGCUGUAACGCUUCCACGAUGCAGUCUCCCGCGCUUUGCUCCAUGAUUCGGUAGCACACCAAUCUAGUUCUUGUUCCACUCCAUCACGUCCGAUGUACUCUUCAUAGCCUCAACCACAUCGACGACGCAAGCUGUGACUCAACGCUGCUUGCUCAGCUCUGAAAACACGACAAAAUGGAGAGCCAGGUCGAAAAUGCCAUACAAAUCGCCGCAAACCCGACGUCGAGCCAGGAACUACGCGGCCAAGCUAUCGAAUACUUGAACCAGCUCCGCGCAGAAGGCUCCGCAUGGCAAGCCGCCCUCACACUCUUCGCGCGCGACCCUCGCCCGACCGACUUCGUCCGUCAUACUUCACUCGAACUCGUAAACAAUGCCAUCCAAGAGCAUCGUCUGGAUGAGCAGAGUCUUGCAUACAUCAAGGAUACCCUGAUGGGUUACAUCCACGCAUCCUACGUACCAGGCAGUGGAGCUGCAGACACAAGCCACAUUCAGAACAAGCUCAUGCAGACUGUCACUUAUCUUUUUGUAGCACUAUACCCUUCUUCAUGGCAGUCCUUCUUCGACGACUUCCGGUCCUUGGCUGGCGACCAGUCCACCAUCGGGAACGUCAACACAGCAACGACUUUGCUGUACCUGCGUAUGCUCGGUCAGGUUCAUGAUGAGAUUGCCGAUCAGUUAGUCGCCCGACCAGACGACGAGAAGAAGCGCAACACAGAAUUGAAGGACCUCAUUCGACAACGAGACGCGCAGAAGAUCUCAUUAUCCUGGCAAGAAAUACUCGCAAAGUGGAGGGAGACAGACUUGAAUCUCGUGGAGAUGUGCCUCAGGACCAUUGGGCGCUGGGUCAGCUGGACGGACAUCAACUUGAUCGUCAACCAAGCUAUGAUCACAACCUUCCUGGAAAUGGCGGGUCAGCAAGGAAUCGGCGACCCCGAGAGCGCCGCUGGAAAGGUGCGCGAUGCUGCAAUCGAUACUUUUUCGGAAAUCGUGGGCAAGAAGAUGAGUCCAGCGGACAAGAUCGAACUGAUCACUUUCCUGAACCUCUCCGAAGUCGUUGGUCAGCUCAUCAGCAGUCCAGCUUUAGCCGACUUCAACAGCUCGAAUUACGACAACGAUCUUGCCGAGACCGUCGCUAAGCUCGUAAACAACAUCGUAUUCGAUAUCGUAAAGAUCUUGGAAAACGAAGCUGUCGAAGAGCACAUCCGGCAACGCGCAGACGAUCUCAUUCGCAUCUUCACUCCCUACCUUUUGCGUUUCUUCGCCGAUCAAUACGACGAAGUCUGUUCGACUGUCAUUCCAUCUCUCACGGAUCUUCUUACGUUCCUUCGCAAAUUGCAAAAGAAAUCUGGUUCGAUACCUCCACAGUACGCCGCAGUACUGCCACCCGUUCUGGAUGCGAUCAUCGCGAAGAUGAAGUACGACGAGACAGCUUCAUGGGGUGAGGAAGGUGAGCAGACAGAUGAGGCAGAGUUUCUCGAUCUCCGGAGACGCCUCCACGUUUUGCAACAGACAGUGACCGCCAUUGACGAACCCUAUUACAUCGAGACCCUUAGCCGCUUAGUCAACGGAACAUUCGGACGCUUAUCUCAGGGAGAUCAGUCGCUCAACUGGCGCGAUCUCGAAUUGGCCCUGUACGAAAUGUACUUGUUCGGAGAAUUAGCAGUCAGGAACCAAGGGCUGUACGCGAAACGCGAGCCAUCAUCUGCCGCAGCUCAGCAGCUUGUGACCAUGAUGAACAGCAUGGUUGAAUCUGGUCUAGCAAACUACCCACACCCCGCCGUUCAGCUACAGUACAUGGAGAUCUGCGUUCGUUACUACCAGUUCUUCGAACAGAAUCCUAACCUCAUUCCCAAGGUCCUGGAGAACUUCGUCAACCUUACCCACAGCCAACAUGUCAAGGUCCGCUCGCGAUCUUGGUAUCUUUUCCAACGCUUAGUCAAGCACCUACGGGCUCAGCUAGGCAACGUGUCCUACGACAUUAUUCAGGCGGUUGGAGACUUGCUCACAAUUAAGGCUGAACUUCCUGAUACUUCAGAAGACGAGAUGUCGUCUGACGAGGAAGAUCAGUCGGCAGAUGCACUUUUCAACUCGCAGUUAUACCUGUUUGAGGCCGUGGGCUGCAUCGCCUCGUCCAACACCGUUUCCGUGGAGAACAAGAAGCUUUACGCACAGACUAUCAUGAGUCCUCUGUUCAACGACAUGCAGCAAACUCUUCCUCAGGCGAGGAAUGGCGAUGAACGGGCUAUACUCCAGAUCCACCACAUUAUCAUGGCCAUAGGGACGCUAGCUCGAGGCUACUCUGAUUGGGUGCCAUCAAACAACAACAGCGCCGUACCACAGAGCGAGGUGGCAGAAGAGUUUGUGAAAGCAUCUGAGGCUAUUCUCGUGGCUGUCGAAUCCCUCAACUCCUCAGGGUCUAUUCGUCACGCUGCGCGUUUUGCUUUCUCACGCAUGAUUGCUGUCCUUGGUUCGCGUCUACUACAACAGCUGCCCUCUUGGAUUGAAGGACUUCUGUCCCUCAGUUCCUCUAUGGACGAGAUCAGCACGUUCCUCAAGGUCCUAGGCCAGGUCAUCUUCACUUUCAAAUCAGAGAUCGCUGGUAUCUUGGAUACCGUUAUGAGUCCAGUAUUGCAACGCAUUUUCACAGCAUUGGCGGUCGUCCCUUCAGGCACAGAUGACGAGAUCCAGCUGGCUGAGCUUCGUCGAGAGUACCUAAACUUUAUUGUUGUGGUUCUCAACCAGGGUCUCGGAUCUGUGUUCGUUAGCAAUGCGAACCAAGCGACUUUCGAGCCUAUAAUCUCAUCCAUCGAGACAUUCGCUCGCGAUACACAUGACUACCCUACCGCACGCCUCGCUAUCUUUGUGCUUAUUCGUAUGGUCUCAGUGUGGGGUGGGCCUGACAAGGUUGGGCCCGGCGCGAACGCUACACCCACAUCUCCCGACACCGCUCAAGCACCAUUGCCAGGUUUCGACAACUACGUCGUAGACAAGUUCUCCCCGUUAGCAUGGUCGAUACCGGCAUCGCCAGGGUUCAACUCUAAAGAUGCGCAGGCUAAGCAGGUACUGUUCGAGACUGCCAACCUGCAACAUGAGAUCAUCAAGAAGGUCGGCGAGUCUUAUGUAGAUCGCCUCAAGAGCGAUCUCGGUGGCAUGGGAGUGGGCGACGAUGGUGCGGACCAGUACCUGCGCACUCUUGCCGGCUCAUUUGAAGGACCGAAAAAAGAGAAGGAAUGGCGUAACUUCUACGUCCAGUUCGUGGAUCGCAUGCUUGCAAGCCGAGGGUAGGUUGUGAGUUCUAGUUGGGAUCUGAGGAAUAGUGUGGAGAUGGGAUUCAUCAGCGGGUUUGGCGUAACAUUUGUCCAUCAUGUAGGCGGCAUCAUUCUGCAUCGUAGCGGGCGCCAAAAGGAUUGGCAUCGAGUUUGAUUUCCGUGAUAACCCCCAGUAGUUAGCUCGCAUUUCGUAGUGGAGCUUUGUUACAAAAUAAAUUUUUGAUCAUUGU